UUUCCUCGUCUUCGAGAACGGGUCCUUUCAACCUCGAAAUGGCGUCGUUGAAGCUCCUAGUUUGUUGCGUGGCACUCGUGGUUGCCGCCGUGGUUGAUGCACACCCGACUUGCAAGGAGUCCUGCAAUCCCUGCAAACCGCGUCGCAUCCACGAAUGCCCCGACGAGUUCGUUGGUCGCCUCUUCCUCGAGAUCGACGUCACCGUAAACUCGGACUACGAUUGGCUCUCGAACCAGAUCGAACUGAUCGGCUGCAAGAGCGAUGCCGAAGAGUACCAAAUUAUCAUCGACCUCUACCAGCAACUCGAGCAAGCUAAGGGCUGCUUCGACACCUGCUACGAGGACAUCUACACCGACAUCUUCGGACUCGUUACCGAGUAUCGUGAAAAGUACUGUCCGUUGUCUAUCUGCUACACCGAGCGCAUCGUCUCAGCCCGGAAAUGCGCGCGUAGUAGGCUGUUCCCGGAACUGUGCAAGUUCCGCGCCCUGUACUUGGAUGUCAUUGCCCGCAUCGAGGAAUUCUGCGGCAAGUACUCCAUCGACUGCAAACCGCGUGCAAUCGUCAUGCCCCGCGAAGACGAUUACACCUUCGACAUCUAUUUCCCGGCCAGUCCACGUUGCAACGACCUCACCCUCAUCUACCAAAACUGCUUCAAAGACUACAAGUUCCUCUACAACUUCAUCGAGAAAAUCGAUUUCCCCGACGAUUCCCCACUGUGCGACCGUAGGCAGAAGCUUUACGAAGACAUCCUCGCUAUCUGGAUUGAUUUCGCCAAGUUCCGCCAAGGUCUGGACUGCAAGUACUACCCACGCUUUAUUGACUGCUGGGAGGACCAAGAUCAAGUAGAUCUCAUCUACCUCGAAAUCAUCGCCGCACUCCGGCCAUUCCAGGUGAAAUUUGGAAACUGCUGGUUUGAAUCCUACUUCGCGCUUCAGGACCUCUGCAACGAGGCUGACAUCACCUUCGUCGACUACGUUGACUGCGAGAACUAUUGCCCGCAGACCAACUGUCGCGGUAGCUUCCUGCCCUCCGAACUCUUCAGCAAGUACUUCAACAACAUCCUGGUCACCUGCGGCAUGGACUACUCCUCCUGUCUCAGACUGUGGAACGAGCUGGACUGCAAGCGUGACUCCAAGGAAUGGAAGCGCCGUCAAGAGUGCUUGAAGAGGCUUAGAAGGAGACUUCGCGAAAUUGAGCGUUGUGUCAACAGGCUCAUUCGCGACAUCAUUUCGAAGAUCAACACCGACUUCAUCGAUUGCCUGGACAACUUCGACACUGAGCAACGCACCUACAUCGAUGAGGUGAUCACCAACUGCAACAACGAAUUAUGGCCACUCAUCAUUGAGUUCCGUCAAGACUAUAACUAUAACGACGACUGCCUUCAGCCAAUUCUCAACGAGCGUGGAAUCGCUAAUGUCGUCACCCGCAGCAUUAUCCCGACCCAGACCCCAUGCUACGACGUUUCUCUGUACUGUUUCGACGAAGACAUUAGGGAGUCCGUCCAAUGGUUCGAAGGCGUUAUCCGCAGCAACUUCUACGGCCCUACGGCCGACCUUAUCCAGAUUCGUUUUGACGAGGGCUGUGAGGAAUACAAGCUUCGUUGCAAGUGCUUGAAGGACCUGGAGAGCAUCUGGUUGGCCUACCGCAAAUGCCUGAACGAGCUUUUCCGCAAGCUGAUCAAGCUCAUCUGCAAGCGCAAGUGCAAGAUCGGAUCCGACGAGUACAGGCGCGAGAUCAAGCGCAUCGCCGAAUGGCUCCGCCCGCGCCUCGUCAACAUGAUCGACCGAUUCAAGAGCACCUGUUGCGAAAUCAACGGAAUCCUAGACAACCUUUACUCCAGCAACACCAACCAGGCCUGCACCCGCUCUUACAAGUACACCGAGGCUGAGUUCUCCUUCCAGAUCUCCGGCUCCGUCAAAGCUUGUUAAAUGCCCUUAUCAUCCCCGUCAGUGCCCGCAAUAAUUCAAAAAAAGCAAGCGAAAAACCUUGAAUUUUUUGUGCUCUUCCAUCUCAUUCAAAAUACUCAUCACACGUUUACAUAGGUUUGCAAAAAUGGAACAAAAAAAUGAAAAAAUCCCUUAUCUAAUGACUGUUGAAGCAUACACAACUUAGGAGAGUACAAAAGCUAAAAUUCUUAAAGCAUUUUUGCAACUUUUUAAAGCAUAUUUGCAACAAAAAAAAAAAAAAAAAAAAAAAAAAAAAAAAAAAAAAAAAAAAAAAAAAAAAUGAUCCCAUAACUGUUGAAGCGUAGACAACUUUGGAGAUUAAAAAAUCUAAAAUUAAUAUUUUUUGAAACAUAUUUACAAAAUAUCGAGCUAAUUUCUUUGAUGAUACCUUGAUGCCCUCCUCGGGAAAAAGGGGGGGAAAAGGAUGGAAGGUGGUGAGAGGGGGGUUGACAACAUAAUGAAAGGGUCAUUCUAAAAACACAGAUUGUUUAGCACUCUCAGUGCCUACAAAUGUCGAAAAUGUGAACAAAAAAUCGUUAGUCAGUUUCACUCGCCUACGUGACAGUAUUACCAAUUUAUGGACUUUUACGAGUGACACGUAGGUCCAGUCGAUUGGCAUGUAUAUAUAAUGUAGAGUUUCAGUAAAAAGAGAGCAAUCGCAUCUUAUA